AUGUACUCCUUUAAUCCGGUAGAGAUUUUGCUAUCACAACUUCUAGAUGGGGCCACAAUUGCCAUGCCAGCUACAAUAACUGAUGCACUUGCCAUUGUAAAGAUGGCGAGUCAUUGGAUGUUUGCAUCUUAUAUUAUUGGUAUCUGCUUAGCGGUGAUAACUUUAGCAAUAGGUUGGAUCGAUAUCUACACUCGCUGGAACUCUCUUGUGACGGGUCUCAUUUCCCUCGGUUCUGCACUUUUCACAACCAUUGCAGCUGCGAUUUCAACUGCUCUCUUCGUUGUUUUUCAAAAAGUAUUUGAGGACCAGCCGGACUUCAAUAUUCAUGGGGACCUCGGAACUCGCAUGUUUAUAUUCAUGUGGAUGGCGUCUGCAUUCGCCAUCCUGACCUUCACACUACAUUCUGCAAUGUGCUGCUGUACCACAUCUCAGAGAAGGGCUAAGAAAAUUACAGCUCAAGGUACUGGAGAGCAUUCGACUGCUACAAGUACCAGUGAAGAAAUAGCGGAGAAAAGGGCUAUAGAGCGAGGAAACUCUAGUGCGAGAAAAGAUGAUUAA